CCCCCUGCGGAGGGCGAGGCCGGCUCGGGCCUGGGGGCCCCCCCGGGGGGCCCCCCGGCCACGGCGCCGGGCUCGCCCGAGGGGCCCCUCUGGCCGGGGGGGGGCCCCCCGGAGAGCCCCCCGGGGGCCUCGGGGGCCCCCGACGCAGAGGGGGGCCCCCAAUGUGAGGGGGGGCCCCCCGACAGCUCGGAGCCCCGAACCCCCACUGUGGGGAGCCGCCUGGGGUCUGGGGAGGGGCCCCCCUUGUCUUUCUUUUUGCCGCGUCCGGGGGCCCCCCUGGACCCUGGCAGCCCCUCCCUAGGGGACCCCCUGGGGGCCCCCCUCUUGGGGGCCCCCUUCACUUCUUCUGUCCUUUCCGAGGGGCCCCCCUGGCAGGAGGGCCCCCGCCUGGGUCCAGACCCUCUUAAGGCCUCCCCGCUGGACCUUGCGGGGGCCCUUUACCGCCUCGCGCUGGGGGGGGGCCCCCCGGCCCUCAAUGAGCAGCAGCAGCAGCAGCAGCAGCAGCAGGUGCUGCUGGCGCCGCAGCAGCAAGCUGCAGCAGCAGCAGCAGCAGCAGCAGCACCAGAGGGCCCCAAUGCGCGCCACGGGUCUUUCCUGUCUGCUGCUUCCACCGCAGCUUCUGCUGGCAGGGGGCCCCCCCUGGACCCUGGGGAGGAGGGGGGCCCCCCCGAGGCCCCCGAAAGGUCCCCUUUGCAGUCUCCGGGGCCCCCCUGGCCUAUCGCAGCUCAAGCGCAGCAGCAGCAGCAGCAGCAGCUGCUGCUGCUGCAGCAGCAGCAGUGGGUCUCUGCCGCUGCCGAGCAGUACCUCACCCAGGGGGGGGCCCCCAUACCCUCUCUUACUUGGCAAGAGCCCUUCGGGGGGCCCCCCAGUGGGCCCCUCAAGGACCCGCUGAAGGGGGGGGGCCCCCUAAGCAUGCGUCUGUGUGGGGCCUUCCCGCAGCAGCAGGGCGCAGCAGCAGCAGCUGCUGCUGCUGCUGCUGCUGAACCUUCUUUGCUGCAGCGGCAAACCCUCCCCAGGGGCCCCCAGCCCAUUGCUGAGAGGCCCUCGCUGCAGCAAAGCUCCGCUUGGGGCCCCCAGAGGCCCCAGGGGCCCCAGGGCCCCCGCGGGGCCCCCAGCAGCAGCGGCAUUAGUCCGCAGCUGCUGCUGCAGCAAGCCGCCUUUCAGAACGCAGCACCGUUUCCUGCUGCUCCCGCUGCAGCAGCAGCAGCAACUGCUGCUGUUGCUGCUGCUGCGGGAGGGCUGAGGGGCCCAAGCCCCAAACUGGAGGCCCCCAUGCUGCAUGCAGCCCGCGGAAGCAACAGAGACAACUCCGGAGUGGGUACUGUUUUGAGGGCCCCCGGGGCCCCUGGGGGCCCCCUGGGGCCCUCGGGGGGCCCCCUGGAGGGCCCCCAGUGGGCCUCCAAAGACUUCAGUGCCCUCCUGAGGUGCUACCUGGAGCUGCUGCUGCGGAAACAGCAGCAGCAGCAGCAACAGCAACAGCAGCAGCAGCAGCAACAGCAGCAGCAGCAGCCGCAGCAGCAGCAGCAGCAGCAGCAGCGGCACUUUCCGAGAGGCCUUCGAAGGCAACGAGGGCAUAGGGGGCCCCCCAGGGCCCCACAGGGAGCAGUUGCUGCUGCGCAGCAGCGGAGGGGCCCCCGGUGGCCGUCCUUCGCGGGAUUUCAGCAGCAGCAGCAGCAGCAGCAGCAGUUGCUGCUGCGUGCUGCAGCAGCAGCGGAGAGGGCCCCCAGCAUCAAUAUGGAAAUGGCUGCACUUGUGGCAUCGCCGGGCUCCGAGGGGGCCCCCCUGGGGGGCCCCCAGUACCCUCCGGCAUUCCGAGGGGCCCUUCGCGUGGGGCCCCCAGCAGGGGCAGCCUUGAAGUCUGCUGCUGCACCUAAUGUGGAAGCACUUGCUGCAGCAGCAGCAGCAGCAGCAGCAGCAACUCAGGGGCCCCCGGGGCUGGGAGUCGCAAGCCCCCAAAGCAUUCUCUUAGGGGCCCCCCCGGCCUGGCAGAGCGCCGCUGUAUCGCAGAGCCGUUUCAAUUAG